AACGUUGGAAACCUAAACAAAAACAGACAUAACUUUACAACGUCUAAAAUCCCAACGCCCAAUAACCCAAUCCAAUGAAAUGAUGUUUUGUUUUUCCCUCCCCUUUUUCUGCUUUUUGUUCCACUUCCAUCACCUCACAUUUUAUUUUUUUAAGUCAAAAAAAUAUAGAACUAAUCUUAUUUUAAUUUAUGAGCAUUUAAAACAAAAGGAGUGGAAGAAUCAAUCACAAUUAAAUGGAGUUAGAGCAAGCAAAGGAAGAGUUGGAGAUGCUUGAAACCCUUUACCCUAAUCAACAUGACUAUCUCAAACAUGAACUUAGGUCUUUCAUCUCUCAUCUUCAAAACUCUUAUUCCUAUUCUCACCCCCUUCCACAAAACAACACCUCCCUCACUGCUUUCUUAGAUACUGAAGAAUCAACAAGCUUGGAGCAUAUAAAGAGUAUUCAACUUGCUUUACCAGAGAGAGAAGAAGUAAUGAAGGAGGGUAAGAAAGGUGCUGAAAAUUCUGAGCUUGAAUCUCCCAAGAGUGUUGUCAUCAAGCAUUGCCCUAGUAGAAGAAAGAAUAAGAGAAAAGAUAGGGUUGAUUUGGUUCUUGAGAAAGCACAAAAUUGUCUCAAAAAAAUUCGACAUUUCAAAACAUCUUUAUUUUCUCCUUCUUGAUUGAUUUAAUUUUAACAUUUUAGUGUUGUUGUACAUUUAAUUUAAUGGAUAUUUAAUAGUAGAGUCUUUUAGUAGUUUUUUUCUUAUUUUGUCAUGUGGAUGCUGAAAAGGUUAUCAAUGGUUCACCUCAUAUCUAUGUUCCAGAAUUCACCUACUUUAUGAAAAAGACAAAAACAAA